CAAAAAGACGCUGAGUAGACUCAGUUAUGAUGAUUGAUAAUAAACCAAGUAAAAAUAUUUGGGAGCGAGUCUUCUGCGAGAAAUUCGUUUCCCCAAGCUGUUAUGUUUGAGAUGGAUCUUGGUGAUAUCAGCACGUGAGGUCGCGUUGCUCACCCCUAACCCUGCGGCCUGCGCAGCUUUCUACCCCGCCAACCAGACGCAUCAAGCACCGCCAACUCUUGUUUACUCAAUCACUGCCAGCGACUGUGUAAACAGGACUGCCGACGGAUCAUCCUCAAUUCCUCGACCAUCAGCUCUAGGAAACAUUUUCUACAAUCAGAUACCGCGCACUUGCACUGCCAAAUACCCCUAAUGGCCGACAGACAUGCGACAUCCUCCCGCGCGCUCGCAUCCGGCAUCUCCAAACCGCGAGGAACCUCAACGGCAUCGCAGCACAGUGUGCGCCGCAACCUCUUCCAAAGCCAACUCACUCGCCGACCAACCGCCAGCUCCUCGACGACCUCAGCCGAGACAUUGCCGCUAGAUACUCAUCAUGUUCAGCAAAAGGAGCACCACCCGCACCCGCAUCAGUUCCAUCAUCUACCGCUCGAGUCCGGCAGCGGGCCUUCUCCCCAAGAAGACAUUGUAGUACGCGACAAGAACGGCGAGAUCGAGCUCGGCGAUCCGCCGACUCCCCCGAUCGAUGAUGCCGAGGAGCUGAUGGCGCUCGAGGCGCGGCACGACGACGAAAAGGAGAGGCAGCGCUUGGCCGACGCCGUGAAGCAGCACCAGAUUGGCCAGAACAGCGUAGUUGUGCCCGCCCAACCUGAAGAGCUUCUCGACGCGGUCAGGGCAAGCUUGAGGGCAAAGGUUGCCGCGUUAGCAGAGGAUAAUUGGAUGUUUGAGCGCGAAGUGCUACCACACCGACAUUGAGCAAGUAGGGAGGCUUGGAGCUGUUGAACCGCGAGAUGCGCAGGCUUUCUUGCACUCAGAGAACCACCUAUGCAGCUCCGGCUCUACCCCUGCCGGAUCUACAGACUCCCUUGUGGGCACUCAAUCCAAGCCUUC